GUACACGGAAGUAACCGACCAGCCCGCCGCGUCACAGACCACAAGCCAGGAGUCAAAGUCCAGUGUCGGCUUACUUAUCAAUUUUCUAUUAUGUAUUGUACCCGAGACGCCCACUCUCCGCGGACAGUGAAGCUGCUUGGUGCUUUCAGCUGUCUUUUGAUGUGGUCAGCCACUGGUAGAGGAGGGAGACGGGACUGGUGGUGGAGCAGCGAGGGACAAAACGUGUGAAUGGAGCAGUGUGCGAGUACGGCCUCCCUGCUGGCCUCGGUGCGGGAGCAGGAGAGGCAGUUUGAGAUGCUGAGCCGAGCACUGGAGGAGGAGCGGAGGUCGUGUGCCGGCACCCUGCCCCGCCCCCUCCCCAACAUGCAGAACGGCCGCAUUCCCUGUGAUGCAGACAUAGAGAGGCUGACACUGAACGAGGGUUACAUCAACGGGACACAUCACUUCAGGAUGGAGCCUGGACAGGUGGUGCAGGAGACAUACACGGUGGAGGAAGACCCCCAGGAGUCGCCACCUGUUGUCUCUGUGGAGACCACUGAAGAUGGGACCACGCGGCGCACAGAAACCACGGUAAAGAAAGUAGUGAAGACAACCACCACUCGCACAGUCAUCCCCUCCCUGUCAGACACACUUUCCCUGGAUGGCGGGGGCUCAGUGACAGGUAUGGGGGGCUACACUGCCCCCAUGGACCGGGUCUACAGGCAGGCCCCCGGAGGUGGCAUGCCCAUGGACUACCCCACUCACACCGUGCCCCGCAACUACCACUACGGACCGCCAGGGGGCUACGACGACUACCGCACUGGACCCCCGACUGAAACCUACGCAAGCCUCAGCAGGGGAGCUCGCAUGGAUGAUCGCUACAGACCAAUCCAUCCAGAUGGUUACAGAACUCUGGAUCCAAGCUACAGAGCCCACAGCAGGAACAAUCUGGACCCUUAUGCUGCUCAGCCACAGGUUGGGCGUAUGGGAAGUGCCAUGGAGCUAUCCUCCAUCCCGAGGUUUGUCCCAGAGCCGUACGGUCUGGAGGAUGAUCAGCGCAGCAUAGGUUAUGAUGAGCCCGACUAUGGCAUGGGACACCCAAUGCACUACAGCACUGUGCCCCGCAACCACCAUGCAUUCCCCCAUGGGCCCCCACGCAGGGCUGGGAGUUACGAGGGCACCUUGGAUGGUGACAUGAGCGGUCCAGGGGACAUUUACUAUUGGGGAGGAGGAGCACCGCUGGCCCAGGGUGAAAGAGGUAGCAUGGCUUCAUUGGACAGCACUCUAAGGAAAGGUCCCGGCCCCAGUAAUUGGCGUCAACCAGAGCUGCCAGAGGUCAUCACCAUGCUAAACUACAGGCUGGACCCCGUCAAGAGCAACGCAGCUGCAUACCUGCAGCAUCUCACCUAUAAGAAUGAUAAAGUGAAGUCUGAUGUGCGUCGUCUGAAAGGCAUCCCAGCGCUGGUCUCUAUGCUUGACAGCCCAAACAAAGAGGUUCACUAUGCAGCCUGUGGAGCACUAAAGAACAUCUCGUAUGGCAAAGAUCCAGACAACAAGAUCGCCAUCAAGAACUGUGACGGAGUGCCGGCUCUGGUCAGGCUGCUGAGGAAGACCCAUGACCAGGACCUCACUGACACUAUCACAGGGACGCUGUGGAACCUGUCGUCUCACGAUGCGGUGAAAAUGGAGAUCGUGGACCAUGCACUGCACGCCCUCUCCGACGAGGUGAUGGUGCUCCAUUCAGGCUGGGAGCGAGGGAGCAACGGAGCAGGAGGAGGAGAGGAGAACUGCAAGCCCAGACAUCUUGAGUGGGAGACGGCCCUCACCAACACAGCAGGCUGCCUGAGAAAUGUGAGUUCAGAGCGAAGUGAGGCGAGGAGAAAGCUGAGGGAGUGCACAGGAUUGGUUGAUUCGCUCAUGUACAUCGUCCAGUCCCAGGUUGACUGUAAAGACGUUGACAAUAAGUUGAUAGAGAACAGCAUGUGUCUGCUGAGGAACUUGUCCUAUCAGGUGCAUCGUGAAAUCCCUGGCUAUGAGCGCUACCAGGAGACCGUGCCCCUCAACCAGGGCCCCGCCCCCUCCAGCCAGAAGGGCAGCUGCUUCAGCUCCCGCAAGAGCAAAGAUGAGUGGUUUUCCAAAGGUAGGAAAGAUGAUGAUGCAGCUGCAGACACAAUAGACAUUCCAAAGAGGACCACACCUGCUAAAGGUUAUGAGCUGUUGUUCCAGCCGGAGGUGGUCCGCAUCUACACCUCUCUGCUAAAGGAGUCUAAGAACCCCACCGUGCUGGAAGCCUCGGCUGGAGCCGUUCAGAACCUGUGUGCCGGACGCUGGACUUAUGGGCGAUACAUCCGUGCCUUGCUGCGGCAGGAAAAGGGUCUACCUAUGAUAACUGAGCUGCUGGCCCACGGCAACGACCGCGUGGUCCGCGCCAUGUCUGGAGCCCUCCGCAACCUGGCUAUUGACGCACGCAACAGAGAUCUACUAGGUAAACACGCAGUGCCUCACCUGGUGGCCAACCUGCCUGGCGGCGGUCAAAGUCAGCCGGUGCGAGCGCUGUCAGAAGAGACGGUGGUGUCGGUAUUGAGCACGCUCCAUGAGGUGCUGGGCUCCAGCCUGGAAGCAGCCAAGACCCUCAGGGCCUCACAGGGAAUCGAGAGACUGGUGCUCAUUAACAAGGAUGGUAAUCGUUCUGAGCGGGAGGUGCGUGGGGCCGGCCUGGUGCUGCAGACAGUGUGGGGCUACAAGGAGCUGCGGCGCACUUUGGAGAAGGACGGCUGGAAGAAGACAGACUUCAUGGUCAACCUAAACCCUCCCAGCAACAACACCAGGGCCAACGGAGGAUAUGAGGACAGCACUCUGCCACUCAUAGACAGAGGGGGCAAAGGGGACCGGGAAAUGAUUCCAAUGAAUGACUUGGGACCAGAUGCUUACUCCACACUGGACCAGAGAGGGAGAAGGAACACUCUGGAUAACACACUCGAACCUGCUGACAAAGAUGCAGUACAGGGAGGGAUGUAUGGGGAGAGGCAGACCUCUUUGCCUCUCAUGGAUUCUUACGAUGAAAAACUGAUUGUGUGCAUCACAAGACGACAGCCUCCUCCCACCUACUGCCCUUGCUGAACUGACAAUGGGGGACCACUACACUACCGAUGGGACUAAACACUCAACUCUUCUGUCCCUCUUCACUCUUUUGCAGCUUCUCUUCUCUCGCUCUCUCUCUUUGAUACAUUCCUCCAUUGCAGCUGACAAACUAAUGAAACCACAUGGAAAAAAGUGACGUGGAUCAACGCUCCCUGUGGACAAACCGGACGAGACACUAUGACCACUUUGUGUUCUGCGAGUCCCUGAAACACUAACCACUUGAUCAGAUCCCAUGGCCACGUGCAUCCCAUGUGUCUCCACGCAACAACACUACGACUUGCCUAGACAACACUAACUCUCUCUUCGAUGAAAAGCAGAGACUGGUCAUCUGAGAACUGUUCUAUUUCUUGGAAGCUGGAGCGUCGACUUAGACUAAUUAAGCUAAUUAGAAAGAUCAGAUCUGUUGGGAUCAGAAUAGGACACUUUUUGGUGAAAUUUUACAUAAAUGGCUAUUACACUCUGUUUCAAAGAAAUCGAGGGAAUGUGUUAUUUUUUUUUCUUUUUUUCUGAUAGUUAAACACUACAAAAAAGAUAUUUCCUACCACUGAAAACCAAUGUUUAGUGAUCUAAUCAAAUAUGUGUAAAGCUUCUGCUUCUGUUUUGGUAGUGCUUGUUCCUCUUCUUGCUUUGCUCUGUACCACAGUAAUGUACAUGUGCCAAAUGACACUGCUACUGCUGCAACUGCCAGUACUGAAUGCAAGAACUUCACACACAGACUUUUUACAGCAGCUACACUGAAAUCUGUCAUCUGCUUUGUUUUGUGCGCAGUUUGUAUCGUUGACAGUCCAUCGCUCAGAUACAUGGGGAUGCUGCAUUUUCUGUAUUUGAUUGUGAUUCAUAGAUUAUAAAAGGGUGGAGGUCCUAGUAUGGAUAUACCUACAGACAGAAAUAGAGCAGACAAAUGAUUCUCCAUCUCGUUGGUAUAGACAGUAUAGUCUGUCCUGUUUCUAACAUUAUGUUUCUGUUAAAUGUAAGCUCCGGUUCAGGUCUGUAAUCUUAUGAAUGUGUACAUACAAGACUGUCUCUAACAGCAUCUUUGUGGGCUAACUGGAGUGCCUCGCUCAUUCAGGAUAGGUCUGAUGGGUUUGUCCAACAUGACAUGGGUGACCAAUCAAGGUGUCUUUUUCUCAGCAGGUUACUAGUUGGGAAUACUGUAUAUGGAACUCAGCAGUUUUCUAUUCUGUAACAUAAUGGAAUAUGUGAACUUGUAUGUAUGUAAAAGGUGAUUCUUGUUAUUGGGAUUGUUUUUUAUAAGGUAUAAAACUCUUGAGUUCUGUAUAAUUUACUGCUUCACAAACCCAUAACCUACUGUACCUGGCUUUAACACUACAGAACAGUACAUGGGAGAAGACACAGUAUUGAAUGUUUUUGCCCGCAUUUCUUAAAUACAGCGCUUGUUCUGUAGAAGAAUGCAUAUUCUUAGUGCCAAGUGAGAUGUAGAUACUUACUGAGUGGAUGAUUAAAAGAAGCACUAAUGUGUUUUUCUUUAUUCCCCCUUUUCCUUUGUUUGUCUUCCAUACCAAUUGAAACAUGACAGAAAUAACAAGUUGCCUUCAAGAGUGGACUGACUAAAAGAGAAGACUAGAGGAGAGCAAGGGUUUGUGUUAGAAAAUCUUUGUGUAUGGAGGCAUAGACCAGAAUUUGCUAUUAGAUAAAGUGGAGAAAAGAAGCACAUUUAAACUAUAUAUAUAUAUACAAGAGAAUAUUUGUUAAAUUGAAUGGUUUUAUGUAUUUCUUUUUUAUAUUGAUUUGGGUUUAAUUGUUUUGGGUGCUCUGGGUGAACGCAUAUGCAAUCAAUUUUUAUGUUUUGAUUUAAAACAUUCAGUCUAAUUAAAUGCAAAACAAGUUAGCUAAACAAAAUCCUCCAACACAUUCAUCAGAUACUGGAACACUAAUGGUAAAAUCUGAUUCUGGACUACACCUUAAUCUCUGCCUUGGCUCUUAAAGUUGCACAUUCUCAUUUCUGAAUGAAUUAUGUAACUAGCAAUACUGUUUUUAAUAAAAAAGAAAAUUAUUUCUCA